UUGGGGGCGGGCGCAGUUGUGGGCGCAGCCGGGGAGUAGGGCUAGGGCAGGCGCAGAAUUGGGCCCUGGGCGCAGUGAAGCGGCUAAGCCUCGGCGUCCCUGCCGCCGCCUCCCCCGCGGUGGAGGAGGAGGAAGGGGACGGCGGGGCGAGCGAUCGCCGCUGGCCUGGGGCGCGCCUGCCCGCAGCCACAGCCGGAGUCGCUGCUGCAGCGCAGCCGCCUCCAGCUCCAUUCAUUCUCCGAGGCUCCGCCUCCUCCCUGGAUCCUCUCCUGUGCGGAGGGCGCGCCCAGCCGAGGGGAUGGCAUUUCCUGUGGACAUGCUGAAUAACUGUAGUCAUGAAGAAUUAGAAAGUUCUGCAGAAGAUUACUUGUUAGAUCUCAGGUGUGGGGACCCAGAGAACCCAGAACAUUUUCCUUUUCUCAAUAAUCUGAUUCCAAUCAGCCUGUCAACUGUUGGCUUCAUCCCUCUUUAUGGUGGUGACCAGACCCACAAAGUUCUUGCUCUUUUUGCACCGGAGGACUCACUCACAGCUGUGGCUCUGUACCUUGCUGAUCAGUGGUGGGAUGUUGAUGAUAUUGUGAAAACAUCAAUCCCUUCUAGAGAAGGGCUUCAGCAGGUGAGCACUCUUGGGGAGAGAGUGGUGCUGUAUGUUUUGAAUCGAAUUAUUUAUAGAAAACGGGAAAUGGAAAGAAAUGAGGUUCCCUUUCUAUGCCAUAGCAGUACGGAUUAUGCUAAAAUCUUGUGGAAGAAAGGUGAAGCCAUUGGAUUUUAUUCAGUUAAACCUACAGGAAGCAUGUGUACCUCCUAUCUUACUCAAAGUUAUCAGCUUCCCGUGCUUGACACAAUAUUUGUAAGAAAGAAAUAUCGUGGAAAAGAUUUGGGGCUACUGAUGCUGGAAGACUUUGUUGAUUCCUUUACAGAAGACAAACUUGGUUUACGUUUUCCAUUGUCUUCUUUUAUGCAUACAGCUUGUAGACAGUAUUUUGAGAAGUACCCAGGGGAUCAUGAUCUUCUUUGGGAGGUUGAAGGAACUGGACAGUGGCAUCAGAGAAUACCUAUCACCAAUGCAUUACAGAGAGAAGCAUUUAGACGUGCAGAGGUUUCUCAAAAUGAAGUGAGAAAACUCACGUAUGAAGACUGUGACUCUGCACCUACUCCCGAAUAUGACAUAGGAUGCGGAGAAAACCAGCCCAAUGAAAUGCAGGUUGAUUCUGUAAGAGGAAGAGGUAUCUCAGACACCAGUGCAAGUACAUCUGAAGGACUUGAUAAUACACCUAUUAACAUUCAAACAAGAACCACUAAUUUGAAACGUCCAAAGAUUGGAAAGAGGUUUCAUGAUUCAGAAAUUAACCCUCUUCAAGAUGUGGAUGAAAACACUCCCCAGGCUUCAUCUGUGGCUCCAAUAAGCAGAUUGGAAUCUACUGCAUGUACAUCUGAGAGCUCAGAAGAGUUAGUUGAAGAUGAACCAGAUGAGAGAGUGGUUGAUUUUGAGCAGGAAAAAAAAGAUAAAGAACAAUACACCCUAGAAACACAAGGGUUGAAUAAAUCAGUUCCGGAGAAGAAAGAUGACGAAGAGGAAUCUGAAUUAGAACCCCUGAAUGGUGAGGUAAUGGAAGAUACCAUAAAGGCCUCACUAAAACCUGAAGAGGACACUACCCAUGAUGCUUUGGAUGGAAAUUCAAAAUGGGCAUCUGGUCAUUCCAGUGAAGAAUCUGGAAGUCUCCUUGUUCUACCCACGGUUGAAUCGACAAAGGCUCCUGAGGAUGCUACACCAGAUGAGGCCACAGAUGUGAUUGAUUCCAAAAUGGUGAAGGACAAAAGCCUACAUGAUGAAGAAGAGAGCCCUGAAGAAAAAUCUCUCCCAGCUCCACGAAAGAAACCUCCUUUGGUAGGUUCUGAUAGUGUUGCCACAAUGCCGAAGGAAGAACCAUCUGAUAAUGGUCUUUCAAACUCUGUGGUAGGUGAAGCAUCAGAAGAAUCUGUUUCCGAAAAUGUGUCACCCAACACAUCUUCCUCGUUGGAAGAUCAGGGAGAGGAAAUGGUCCCUGAUUCCCAGGAAAAUCCAGCAACAACAACCCUUUCUCAGAGUUCCCCCGUAGUAGUUGAACUUGAAGAUAUCCAAAAUGCAGGACAAAAGAAUCAGUCAGAAGAACAGUCUGAAGCAUCUUCAGAGCCUCAGGAUCAUUUCACCCAGUCAACCGAGAAGGCUGCAGAUAGCAGUUCUGAGGAGGUAGAAGUUGAAGUACCAGUAAUAGACAGGCGGAAUUUAAGAAGAAAGGCCAAAGGGUACAAAGGACCCACUAAGAAAAAAGCCAAGCUAGCUUGAAUGGUGGAAGAAAUAUCAGUCUAAAAAAUCCUCUUUGUAACAAAGUUGGUGUAGUUUUUUAUAAUACGACAGUUAACAAAACCACAUGGGAUAGAGGAUAAACACAUUUGUUGUUCCAAAAUUUCAGGUUGGAAUUAUUUGUGAUGCAAUUUUUUUCCCUCUUGUAGGAAUCAAGAUUCACCAUUCUUUUUCUUAAUUUUUUCAAGACAUUUUCUGCACUAUAUAUAAAAACUUUUUUUUUAACCCACCACAUUCAUAUUUUGGAUCACCAGAUCAGAGUGUGAUUUCAUUUUUUUUUUAAAUAAAAGAUGAUUUCAUCUUUAGCAGGUGGAGAUAAAUGGCCAUUACUUUUGUUUUUUAAACUAUAUGAUAAAUACAAAGGCUGCUGUGGAAGUAGCAAAUUUCCACUGCUUAUCACAGAAAUCAUCUUUUGUACUGCAAGUUAUACUUUUAUACUAAGACGUUUUCAUACAAAAUAAAGUGUUUCACAAUCUUACUCUUAAAUAGCAAAAUUCAUUUCCAAGCAGUUUUUAAAAGAGAGGAGUGUUUAAGACAGCAACAACUCAUCUAAAAAUAUCACUAAAAUAGAAUUUAAAAGGUAAUCAUCUUCAAAUGGCUAACAGCAUGACCAUAAAACUAUAUUAAGUCAAAGGUAUGUAAAUAGUGUUACUUUGGCUUCUGAUUCUAAUCAUGGAAGCUUAUUCUUCCAUCCAUUUGUGUUGGUGUAUAGACACACACACACACACACACACACACACACGCAUCAAUUCCUGAGUCAUUCUUCUAUGUUGUGAUCUGAGACUCCCAGUGAUAGGAGCAUUAAUCCUUUGGUGUUGGGUAAACAAAUUAUAUUCAAAUUAUAUUAAAUUCGUUAUUUUGCUAUAAAUUAUUUUUUUGUGAUCCCUAACACUUGAAUUUAUCAGAUGCUAAGAGCCUUAAAGGGAGUUUCAGUUUUCACCCCAAUCAUGCACUGUGUUAAAAUUUCUCACUUAUUGUGUACCUCAUUUUAUGACCUUAACUUUGGUUCCACUGGAGUUAUCAUACCUUUGGUUGUGUCAGGUAGAGAUUUGUCCUAUGUGUUAAGACAAAAACAUUAGGAAUUAAGUAUUACCUUUGAGUCCAUUUAUUGAAUCCAGUUACCAGCCCAUUUGGUAGCUUAUCUUUUCCUGAUACACUGUUAUAUCACAUGAAUUCAAGAGCAGUGAAAUCGUUUUCCUGUUAUGAGGUCCCUUGGCUUGGUUAUGGAACCCUAGUUACAGAAAUUUUUUUUCUAACCUAGUGCCCCUGUGGUUCUCAAAUACCUCUCUAAGCCUUUGGGAUGGGUCCCCCUCUAUCAGAAAAUUUUCCUCCUACUGCCUUUUUCUGGCAUACAAUUGUUGGUAGCUGUUUUGGGGUCUUGUCUUUAUCCCUCAAUGAGUUUUACCCACCUGCCCCAUGUCUUGUAGUUACAGAAUGGGGCUGACCUUGGUGUGAGCAGGGCUGCAGGAUCUAUCAUGGAUGCCAGAGUUAUGAACUGUGCUGGAAGCUUCAGCCCUCGCUCUGGGUCUGCUUGUGUCCCAUUGUCCUGGUUGAAGGUUUGUAAAGCAGAUGGUGUUGUGACUCAUGCAGUCACGGGUGACCUACUACUGUCAAAUUCAUCGUGGGGAGUUAAGACUGUUUCUCACCCCCAGAUUGUGACUGAGUUACAAAAAACUUUUCUAUUAGAAAUGGAAAUAGUCUUAAAAUAUUAAAUCUCACAUUAAUUACUCUUUGAUAUUAUCAAUGAUUCUUGGAUAUGCACAUGUAGUUUGAAAAGCAAGUAGAUACAUUAGGACAGGACCCCUUGUAUGGUGAAUGUGAAAAGCCAUUUGGCACAUCUGGGUUUAGGUUAUGUUUUGAUUUUCUAUCAUUACAAGAGGUACUGGGAAGCUUUCUUCAAUAUAUAUUUAGAUGAUGUUGAUUAAACUCAAUGACUUUUUACCUUUGGGGGCUCGUAUUUUGGAAAGCGAAUCCAAAAUUGCAGAGAUGAGAGAUUCAAGGCAAACAAACUAUUGGAACUUUUUGGAUUUUGAACACUCUGCCCUUUUUCACGUUCACUGUUUGUUGAACAAAAGCCAAAUUUUUGGCCACUUAUCUGUUUUCUUAACAAAUGGUUAUUAAAUAAAAAAUCUUGAAAGAUUAA